AUAUUAUUAACAUUAUUAUUAUUAUAACUGACAUGUAAUUGCGAAUUUCCUUGCAGAGAUACUUCAGCUCUUGGUUCCUGAAUUCUGCGACAUUUGUGGAGUACGAAUAACUUUGCUUUUCAACUGCUAUAGAACACUUCCUACUUACAUAGCACCACAUCUCGAGGUUUUAAUUGAAGUCCAAAAAAUGACCAGAGCACUGCUCCGAUCAGCUGUUCGCAAAGAGAGAGCUCACUACAUGCAGGCCUAUCCCCGUAAUAUUGUUUGAUGCAUUUCGUCCUUGUCGUUUCUCGCAAGAUGAUGAUGAAGUGAUAGAGAACAUUGACAAGUGUGGUCAGAGAAGGUGUGAGGAAGAUGUUACCAGAGGCUGCUCAUAAUGAGAGGACCGAAGUCUCCUUUAGUUGAGCGAGUCGUGUUGUGACAGUCGUUUUGAGACAAUUUUGUCCCGACAACAAAAGCCCAUGUCACGCAAAUCGGAGACAUUUCUCUCAGGACUCCUCACGACUACAAAGAUUACAAUGUACUUUCAUGCCUCUGUUGACUGUGGUUGAUUCCAGUAUGGUAUGCUAAAGCUAAGCUCUUAUAUCAAUGAGCUGUUGAGUGAUACAACUUUGUUCUCUGUCAUAGAGAUGAUCAUGUGCAAGUUGUGUGACCUAGUUGUAUGACCUCUUGAAGGAGUCCAGGAUUUUUUUCUUCUGAGCGUAACCCAUUCACUGCUGACAUGACGUUUCCAUCUACAUUUGUAGAUCUACAGAAAUGGAAGAAUUUUCUGUCAAGAGAGCUUGAAUAAAGUCAAAAUAUCUUAACCCUUAUUUAGGAACAAGCGACUGCAAAAGUUGUGAUUACAUCUCCUACAUGAUUGUCUCCUGUGUAGUGCUCGUACAGUAAAAACAAACGGCUGUGAACUAGUGUAGGGGAACACAAAGAAAUUUAUAUUUUUACACAGCGGUGAAGAGAAAAACAAAUGGUGAAGGUUUCUGGAGAGAAGAAUGAGUGUGAAGGCUGUGGUAUCACAAAAUGACUUUGUUUCUUCAACUUUUCAACUGGAAUAUCUUUGCCGCGGCCCCAGAAAAAGUUUUGGAGAUGAGACCCGAAUGUUUUUAUGUGAAAGUGUACAUUCUAAAGAAUUUGUUUUGAAUGACUGUGAUCUUCUUUUGGAAGAUGAUGGCCCCCGUGUGGAGAAUGAUGGGAUAGGGAAAUGGCAUCAUGAUCAGUCCAGUGUCACGUACAGUGGUAGCAAAAACUUUGUCAUCAGUGCACAGAUGAUGUCAGCAGGGAAACGUUUGUACAGCUCGACUGUUUUCACUUCUGUGGAGGUUCAGAGCUGCCCGUUUGUUGAGAAAGUGUUGGAUGGGACUAGCAGCGGUACCUACAGAGAGGAGCUGGGAGGUGGGGCUGAGGUACCCUGUGCAGGAAACGCUCCACUUGAAGGAUGUGGGAACAUAACAAGGGUGUUGGAGAGAGAUGAUGCUGGGUAUGUCAGUGUGAAUGUGAUAGAGAGACCUCGUGAGGAGACUUGUGUCAAUGUCUUGAGAAGGAGUUGUGACUCGGGACAUGAUCGUGAAUUGUGCGUAGACGAAAACCCAUCACCUGUGGCAACGAGUGUCGUUGACAACUCUGAGAAGAGUCAGACGACUUCAGUCAGUGAUCCAAAUGAGAGAGUUUGCGUUUACAGAACUGGUUCGAAUGGUCAAGCAUGUUGCGGCCUGUCAGACCAUAGCUGUGACAUCGUUGACUUCAGUGCCAACAACACCCAUUCUGACAAACAAAGUGAGCUGUCUGCUUCCCAAUGUGAAAAAGACGACAUAGAAACUAGUGUUCCCUUGAGCUGUACCCCUGAGAAAUGUGGAGACAGAACGUCCCAGAUGGUUCCUCGGGAUGAAAAGGUUACGAACUCAGCCUCAUUGAGUUCUGGCCCAGAAGGUAGUCUAUUGCUCAGAGCUUUGAGGGGAGAGAGGAUUGAGUCAAAAUCAAGGGAGAAAGUUUUGGUAAAAAAUGCUCUAGCAGAGAAGAUUCUAGAGAAAAUCCUUAGGCCUACAGAGAAGAACAAUCCAGAGAAGAAGAUUCUAGAGAAUUCAUUGAAAAGAGAGUCCCAGCCGCCAGCCGUCAGUUGUAAUGAUGUUGACAAUAAUACGUGCCCUAGGAUCAGGACUCGUAGGGUACGGAGAAAAUGCAAGAAGAACAAUUCUGAGGGUAAAGACGGUCAUACUGGGAGCUUGAGGUGCAGGGUGAGGGGUAAGGGCGGUGAGGAUCUACUGAUCACUCGAUUGGUGCGAGGGCCGGGCUCGACACUGGUCAACCAGCUCUGUUUGGUCACGGGUCUCGGGGAGCUAGACGACGGUGGUGAGGAUAAUGACAACGACGACGAAAUGUGUGCUAUGGGGCAACCGCUGAUGACUUCCCUCAACGCAAGGGAGGAGGAGGAAGAGGUGCAACACCCCGGUCUUGACAAGAUAGAUUCCAGCAAUUUAUUUGUUCCCUCUGAGUUUGGCCUCGGACGAACGGACUUAACGUUGGAGUCCAUUGGUUCUUCGCAAGAUGCAAAGCAGUUCGAGGAUCUGCAGGCGUUAUUGCAGUCGGUGUCUUCGAGUCUCUCAGGUGACCUUCCACAUCUGGGUGGUCCAUUGACAGCAGCUGAGAAUGUGACCGCUCUCGACUUUUCAGAAAAGGCCGCCAGUCCUUCGCCACCAAUAACUCAAUACUCAUUGCAGAAAAGACUAAAGUUAAAGUCGUCCAGCGCCGUUUCUAACGACGUCUUCGCCGGGUCAGAGAGGAGCUACGAGCCACCCACCUCUAUAAAUCCCUCACGGUUGCCAUGGGAACUCGGGGCGUGCUCUGUAGUCUGCCCCGUCUGCCUCCUUUCCACGUCCAUCCUCGAGUCUCUCGAAGAUCACAUGACUGAACACGUCGAUCAACUUCUCUACCCUGUCCUCGGCUCUAAGGGGAUCAACAACGCUGAUGGGCUGCGCUCUGAGAACAAAAGUUCAACGCUGGGUGAUGCGUCACAGCCGAACGACACACCAGCGAGUCUGACACUGAUUCCUCUCCCACCGCGGGAGAUCACCUUCAAGAGCGACAGGACCAAGGCGAAGUGGAGGAAAAUGCACGCCGAGUUGCAGUCCAAGAAGAAAAAAAUUCGCGACUGGAAGUGCCAGCACUGCUCCAUGGCCUUCACCCAGCCCAGCGACCUUCAGCGUCACCAACUGAUCCACACGGGGGCCCGGCCGCACAAGUGUCAAGUGUGUGGCGCCGGGUUCACGCAGGCCGGCACGCUCAAGAAACAUUUCAAGACACAUUCGGGGGAGAAGCCACACAAGUGUCAUUUGUGUCGUGCCAAGUUUGCGCGACUCAGCAAUCUGAAAACACACCAGUGUAAAACACACCGAGCCGAAAUGUUGGCCUUAAAAGGGGGCAAUAACUCCAACUCCUCCUCCUCCACCUUGACCUCAUCCUCCCCGAAGUCUGCCGUGGAAAAGCUGCCGGGCAGUAGCGGUAGCUCGUUACCCUGUGACAGUUUGGCGCUUUCAAAAACAGCAAUGUCAAGGUCAUCUUCGUCGUUGUCAUCGUCGUCGCGGCUGUUUUCCUGUGAGAUCUGCGGCAAGAGCUUCGGCAAAAACAGCUACCUGUGGAAGCACAAGCUGCGUCACCUCGGGGAGAAACGCUACAAGUGUCAGGUGUGCAGCACGGGCUUCGCAGACAACAGCAAACUGGCGCGCCACCUGCGCACGCACACGGGGGACCGGCCCUGGAAGUGUGAGCUGUGCGGGGUCGUCUUUGCCAAGAACGAGCACCUGGCGAUGCACACGCGGCACAACCAUGGGACCGGCGGCAGUGGUCAGUUGGGAGAGUAGGGGGUCGUGCUGAGAUUUCUGUGUCCAGGUGCUGUGAGGGAGGAGGGUGAUGUUUGUCUUUAGGUUAAGGGAAUGGCGGUUUUUCUUGUAUGGGGAGAGUUGAGAAAGGUUCGGGCUAAGAUUUAUGUCCAGGUGCUAACGAGGAUGGUGAUAGAAGUUGUCUUUAGUAGGGGAAGGGGGGUAUUUGUUGUAUGGGGAGAGUAGGGCUCGGGCUACGAUUUGUGUCCAGGUGCUAACGAGGAUGGUGAUAGUUGUCUUUAGUAGGGGAAGGGGGGUAUUUGUUGUAUGGGGAGAGUAGGGGUCGUGCUGAGAUUUGUGUGUCCAGGUGCUACUAAGGAAAAUGGUGAUGGUUGUCUUUAGGUAAGGGGAAUGGCGGUAUUUGUUGUGUGGGGAGAGGCGGGGUCAGACUGAGUGAGAUUUAUGUCCAGGUGCUAGGGAGGAUGGUGAUGAUUGUCUUUAGUAGGGGAAAGGCGGUACAUGUAUUUGUUGUAUGGGGAGAGUAGGGCUUGGGCUAAGAUUUGUGUGUCCGGUGCUAGGGAAGAUUGUGAUGGUUGUCUUAAGGCAAUGGGAAUGGCGGUAUUUGUUGUACAUAUAGUAUAAGGAGAGUAAGGCUCAGGCUGAGAUUUGUGUGUCUAGGUGCUAGGGAGGAUAGUGAUAGUUGUCUUUAGGUUAAGGGAAUGGCGGUUUUUCUUGUAUGGGGAGAAUUGAGAAAGGCUCAGGUUAAGAUAUAAUAUGUCCGGGUGCUAAGGAAGAUGGUGAUGGUUGUCUUUAGGUUAGGGAAACGGCAGUGUUUUUUGUAUUGGGAGAACAAGGCUCGGGCUAAGAUUUAUGUUCAGGUGCUAGGGAGGAUGGUGAUAGUUGUAUUUAGUUGUUGUAUGGGGAGGGUAAGGCUCGGGCUAAGAUUUAUGUGUCCAGGUGCUUGUGAGGGUGGUGAUAGUUGUCUUUAGGUUAGGGGAAUGACGGUAUUUAUUUUAUGGGGAGAGUCGGGGAAGGCUCGGGCUAAGAUUUAUGUCCAGGUGCUGUUGGGUAUGAUGGUGAUGGUUGUCUUUAGGGAGAUGGUUGCCGUUGAAUUUAGGGGGAUGGUGUUGUUUGCUCCAUGGGAACAGUAAAGAUUGACUUAAGGCUGAUGAUAAUGGUUGACUUUAAGUGGACAGUAGUGAUGGUUGAUUUUUUGGGGACAGUGAUCGUUGACUUCAG